AUGAACUACUGCAAAGAAUUCAUCAGCUAUAUCAACUUCACCGACCGUUCGCGCUUAAAGUGUCGCCUACAUAUCAUUAUCGCGUCUCUCAUCUCUUUAACCUUUGUUCUUAUUAUCGCACGGCUGGCAAUCCCAGGCACACCAGUGACUCGCGUUAACAUAUGGGGAAUUGCAGUUUGCAUCAAAGCGGCUGUCUUUCUCGGCUACCAGGCCCUUACCACCAGUAAGGCACGCUUUAAGCAAUGGGCUAGUCUCAAAGUCAAUAUGAUUCUUGAUAUGAUUGACGCUGUGUUUUGGUUUGCAUUGUUUAUUAUCAGUAUCAUUGGAGCAGGCGGCGGACACAACACUGCUAGCAAGGCCCUCGGCGCGAUCGUCGCCAUCCUUUCAUUGUUAUUGUGGACUAUCGCUAUUUCAAGGUUCAUGGGAGCCUUCCGGGACUCGGAGAGAUGA